ACAAAAAAAACAGCAAAAGUUGGUGGCAGCAGUCUCAUUUCAAGGGCGAACCCAGCAGCUCUUCCUCCAAGCAGGUGACAAGGGAAACUUUGGCACGAAAGGGGGCAGCAAGCAGCCGAAUUUGCCUCGCUUGCUGGCUCGCUCCGACCUUCUCUCCGGGCAGCAGGUGGGAUCUUGGGGGGAGCCUGGGCGUGUCCCCGGCUGGGCUGCCUUCUGAAAACCCGCCCGCCUCUUGGGCACUCGAGGCCAGCAGCCCGAGCGCCGCGCAGCCCGCUUGGACUUGCCAACCCGACGCCCUGACCUUUGCCCAUCGCGGUCUCUCCGGCAUCAGAACCAUGGACAGCGACUUUCUGCCUUCCCUCGAGGCGGCUGCCUUUCUGCGCCUCUGGCAACGCUUCGACGCCGACGACAACGGUUACAUAGAAGGGAAAGAGCUUGAUAAUUUUUUUCAUCAUCUGCUGAAGACACUGGGCAGUAAAAGCACCAUAACAGAAGAAAAGGUGCAGAGGGUGAAAAAACGAUUUAUGUCAGCCUACGAUGUGACGGCAGAUGGACGCUUACAAAUACAAGAGCUUGCAAGUAUAAUCUUGUCGGAGGAUGAGAACUUCCUGCUUCUUUUCCGAAGAGAAACACCUUUGGACAACAGCGUGGAAUUCAUGCGGAUCUGGCGUCAAUAUGAUGUUGAUAGCAGUGGUUUUAUUUCAGCUGCCGAACUCAGAAACUUUCUGCAAGAUCUUUUCCGGCAGCAUGGAAAAACCAUUUCUAAGGCAAAGCUGCAAGAAUACACAGAAACCAUGAUGAAGCUCUUUGACAAAAAUAAAGAUGGACGACUGGAUCUCAAUGACCUAGCAAGAAUUCUGGCUCUUCAGGAAAAUUUUCUCCUUCAAUUUAAACUGGAUGCUUGUAGUACAGAAGAAAGGAAGAGAGAUUUUGAGAAAAUCUUUGCUCACUAUGAUGUUAGUAAGACAGGAGCACUUGAAGGCCCAGAAGUGGAUGGAUUUGUAAAAGAUAUGAUGGAACUUGUCAAGCCCAGCAUUAGUGGCACUGACCUGGAUAAGUUCCGCCAGAUCCUGCUUCGCCAUUGUGAUGUGAACAAGGAUGGGAAAAUCCAAAAAUCCGAACUCGCCUUGUGUCUGGGAAUCAAAAUUGCCCCAUAGACCUGAAUGUGCUUCUCCUGUGGCUUGCCAAUUAUUGUCUUUUGUGAGAGCCUGCUGGUCCUGGUAGAACAUUUCCAGUGCUGUGUUAAUAAUCUCUGUUAUGCUGAGCCUAGAAGAUAGAGGCAACUCACAGUGCAGAUGAACAUCUUCAUUUGCAAGUCUUCAGCCCAGCAGAAUACAUGUGAUGAACAGUAACAGCACACAUGCUGUUCCAAAGGAGAUCUCACCUGCGGGGUUUCUUACACAUUUUUAAAACAUGCUUCAUAUCUACAAACUACCCAGUCUAUCAGAAAGCUACGUGGCCAUUGUACCAAGACUGCUGUUAUAUAGCAUCACACUUUGUUGUACUCUGCUCCCUAGGCUAUAUUCCUAAAACUAUUGGUUCCUUCUUGGUAGUCCAUGUCUGUGACAACUGUGUAGUGUGUGAUACUCACAGUAUCCCCCCCUUUUUUUUAAGGCGCAAAAGCUUGAUGGUGUUGGAAGCAAUGUAUUUGUAAAAGAAUAAAAUCAACCGUUUAGAAAUCAGAAUACAACUGCUGUGUGUAUUACUUAUAAUAUGUAACACCCUCCACCCCAAUUUUAAAUGACAGAGGAGGACAAAGCUGGAAAACAGCAAAGGUUUGGCUGGACAGAAAUAUCCCCCAAAGUGGUGCUAAUCUUAGCACCAAAGCUGAUCAUGAUCAAGGUUCCUGAAGUUGAGCAGGGGUCUCAUUUCAAGGGUCGCAAGUCUUUCUG